UCGUUACGAAGUUGAUAAACCUGCUGGAAAUGGUGUGGAUGUCGUCCUUAUUUUAGAGCCAAGAAAUGUCCAGCCUUGUACAUGUUGGGUGACUGAUGUAAUGCAAGUUGACAUCACAAUCUUCUGAUCACUUUGACCUCGAAUAUUGUGAAAUAUUCAAAAUGUCUACAGAAACUAGCUCAAAAAUCUCCACUCAUCAACCGUCUAAACGAAGCCGUGCCCCACCACCCCCAACAAAGAAACCAUCCUUUGAGGAAAACAAAAAUGGAUCCCUAUCUGAACAGGAGAAAGAUGUGUUAAAGAAGAAUGGGAGCCUUGAGGAUGCUGGAGGUACAUCAUCAGGAGAUGAGAGGCAGCUGUCGGUGGUACUACCAUCGGAGAAAAUAGUCAAGGCAUCCGUCAAGAAAGACACACCCAUCUUGGAACUUCUCAUCAUGAUUGCAUCCAAAAACAAACUGAACCCAACCAAUCACACCAUUGCCCAACCAGCUGCAAGACCUAAGGAUCCACCUGUACAGCUCAAACCCACUCAGAAGUUGACAGAUGUUGUCGGCGACACUAUAUACAUUAUCCGCAGAAACCAGAAGCAGGUCUUUGUAUACAAGAAAGACGAAAAAAAGUCUGCUGUGUAUGAGCCCACUACUCGCAUCACUGUCAUCUCGGGUAAAAACCACAAGAUGUGUCUACGUGUAGAUCCUGAAAAGACGCUACAAGAAUUGUUGCCUGUAAUAUGUGAUGAGCGGGCAGUGGAAACGAGUAGUCAUACUCUCCGACUCACAUCUCAACCUCAGGAAUCUCUGGAUAUGAGCCAAACUCUGGAGAGAACGGGAGCCAUUGAGUUUCUUCUGGUUGACUUAAAAGGCCAGCCUGCAGGUUACGAAGGAGGAGAGGUGGAAUUGAUGCCAGAGCAGAGAAAGAAGAAGGGAAGCAUCUUUGGAAAAUUCUCAAAGAAGAAGAAAGGAUAUGCAUUAGGUGGAGGUGAGUUUCAAGAAGACCCAGCAUCUCAUGUUGCAGCCCCUGCGGAAACACAUCAACGUUCUCGUCGCCACACCUCUCCUUCCGCAUUCCCACCGUUGGAUGGCCAGGCCCAGUCUGCAACUCAAGAAGAUGAAGAAGGCAACAACACCUUAAAGAAACGUCGACCAGCCCCGCCCCCUCCACCAGGGAAACAUCUGACCAGUGCAUCAGAUGAUGAGAAACUUGAUGAAGAAUCUGGUGGUUCCAAUACUCUAAGAAAGAGGCGUGCCCCAGCCCCACCCAGACCCCGUUCUCCUCCUAGAAGAACCGUAUCUGUUGGAGCGGAUUCAGCUCAUCAGAUUUCAGCAAAUCUACCUCCUCCUCGUCCAGUAUCUCCUCCAGUGAGAACCAGCAUCAAUGGAGAGACGCACCUUGUCAGAGAGACUAUCAAAGAAGACAAACCUUCCAGGCCACCCAAACCGCCACGUCCCACCUCUAUUAUCAGAGGCACAAGCCUUGAGACUCCACCCCCUACCACUGAACCACCAGAGCCAGUCUUUGUUCCUCCACCACCCCCAGACUUGCCCCCCUCCCCAAGUGACCCACAAGAAGAUGUGACUAAGUUAAUAGAGGAGGGGCGACUUAACCAGUCCUUUGAUGAAGACUUGAUGGAUCAGGAAGCUAGGGAAGAAUCACCUAGAGUACAUAGUGAAUCCAUUAGCAGUAGUGUGACAGAGACUGGCAUAGAUGAGGCAUUUGAAGAAGUCAUUGCUAUGGGAGAAGCAGAAAUCGUGGAUAAGAAGGGAGAGCCUUCUGCAGAAUCACCCCGUCAAGAUUCUAUGGGUGUGGAGGUCAUUGUAGCUGGAUUGACCUUGGAAACAAAGGCAGAGAGGCAUAAGGAGGGGGCGGAGCUUAGGGAACCAGAGGAGGAGGCAAAUCCAGAGGAGGAGACAAUAGAUGAGGUGUCAUCGGAGGACAUCAAAGAGAAAGCUCUUCAAGCAUCUAAUUCUUCUCAUGCAAAUUCUAACAAUGACCAUGGUGACAGGGAUUUAAUCAAUCACAUGGCUGAGACAGUCCCAGCCACUCGCCUUAAAAAACUGACUCAGAAAAGACCAGUAAAAGUCUAUGCAGUCUAUGAUGAAACUGCAGCACGGGAUGGACAUUCCGUACCAGCAGAGGGCGCUGUUGUCAGACGUUUAAGAGCCAAAUCAGACUCUUCGGUUCUUGAAGUGCCACUCAGAGUAAGAUCAGGCAGGUCGUUAUCUGUGCUGGAGAAAGCUAAACCUCUUGAAGGUUUGAAGUUAAGUUGUAUACAGGAAAGCAUUGAUCUAACGGAAACCCCCUCAGUAGCCAUAGCAACAACCAGCAGUGAGAGUGCAUCAUGUCCAUCAACGAUGGUGACUACUACUGAUCAGUACGUGGCUAUCAGCCAAUCACAUGAGACAUCAAGUAGUGAUGUCACGCCUGCUCAGGAUCUACAUGAUGAAAAGCAAACAAGUUCAACUGCUGACAAAUAUUCCUCCUUAUCUCCUUGGUCCACAGACAAAGACGCUAAAGCCAAGAUGGAAUUGCUUUCUCACAUGAUGAAGAUGAGUCUAGAUGAAGACAGCAAGGAUACAAAUGAUUAUCCUCCUCACACCCAGGCUGAUGACACUCAUGAUAUGCUGGAGGAGAAAUCAGUCCAUGCUCUUGCUUUUGAAGUAACCAGGGAAGCAACGAUAGAUUAUGAGGAUGCAGACAAAUCUGUUGAAGCUCUAGGAGAGGAAACUGAAGAUGUGGCUGAGGUUGAAGAAAGUCAGAAGAAAGUUGAUGAUGAGAAGACAGAGUCUGCACAAAUGACAGUGGAAAAGAAAGAAAAAGUGGAUGAAAGUCCAACGAAAGUUGAAGAUGAAAAGCAAAGUCCAGUAAUAGCACCAGGAGGAGUAGCAAUGCAGAAGUUAAAUGAACAAUAUGCAACACUGCAAGAACAACUAACUGCCUUACAGAAACAGAUGGCUAUGCCUCAACAAGCAGGCAUCAUGGAAAUACAGAUGCAACAACUUCAGCAGCAGAUUCUGCUACAGCAGCAAAUUAUUAGUCAGAUGAUGAUGUCACCUCAGCCAAUGGUAAUGCCUCUUCCAUACCAACAGCCAGUGAUAUCGCCACAGCAACAGAUGAUGCUAACUCCACAACAGAUGAUGUCACCCCAACAACAGAUGAUGUCACAACAAAUGAUUUCUCCACAACAACAAAUGAUGACACAACAAAUGCUGUCACCUCAGCAACAGAUGAUGAUGUCCCCUCAGCAACUCCUGAUGACCCCUCCAAUGAUGUAUCCUCAGGUUUCACCUGUUUCUCAAAACAUCACACAACCAAAAAUGUAUGCACAACAAAUAACAUCUACUGCUACUGUUCAGGCUCAGUCUACUCCCAUCUCAUCAACACUUGAGCUGAAUGUUUCAACAGAGUCUGCUCAAGACGAUGCUUCGCCAAUUCAAGAUGAUGGCUCUCCAUCUAAGGAUGAUGUCUCUCCAUCUAAGGAUGAUGGCUCUCCAUCUGGGGAUGAUGGCUCUCCAUCUAAACAUGAUGAUGUUCCAACCGAAGAUGACCUACCCAUUGUGGAUAAUGUAGUAACCAGUGAAGUGGAUACCAGUGAAGUUCAAGCUGAGCCAAGACCUCUUUCACCUCCAGUGAAAGCAGAUGAAGUGUCUGUAGGUCAUCCAACCUACCAUUUUGCUCGAUCACGAGAUGUUCCUCAAGGUGAAAUCAAAGUUGUCAAAGCAUCCCCACCAAACACUCUGCGAGGUCCUAAACAGCACCAGAGACCAACUCUCUUACAAACACCUGAACCCUCUGAAAAGAAAGAAGAGACUGAACCUGAAACCAAGGACCACUCUAAUAUUGAUGCCAAGACAAAUAACGCUGCAGACGAAGUUCAUGCAGAAGUGGAUGCUAAUCAUAAUCCAACACCAGAAGGCAAUGGCAUUGAAGACAAAGUUGAUGCGUCCAAGACAGAAGACAAAGAUGAUGCAUCCAAGACAGAAGACAAAGUUCAUGCAUCCAAGACAGAAGACAAAGAUGAUGCAUCCAAGACAGAAGACAAAGAUGAUGCAUCCAAGUUAGAAGACAAAGUCCACGCAUCCAAGACAGAAGACAAAGUUCAUGCAUCCAAGACAGAAGACAAGAACGCUUCAGAAGAAACUUCCUCCAUCAGUGCAUUUGCAGUUGCUGAAUCCACUGAGCCAGUGUCUUCCAGUAAACCCAAAUCACCCAAACAAAAGAAAUCAGGCUUCAGUUUAUUUAAAAAGAAAACACCCAAGUAUUCAUACAUCUUGUCUGCGCAGAAGGAGUUCUCAAGAAAGUCUGAGACAGAACGCCAACGUACAACUUCCAAUCCUCCUAAACCGACUGACCUCAAAUCAGAAGGUGGUCAAGGAAACAGAGGUAGGGCUCAUACUCUUGAUUCAUAUGAUCCAAGUAAGGCAAGUUGUGGUGUGAACUUUGACCCAGGUCAAGCUGAGUGUCAAAGAGAAAUGGCUAAGAAUGUCCACAUUCCUCCCAAUCUAGCAAUGAGUACAUCUGAAAUAAAUCCCAGUAAUGACCAGCCUGUAAUACCUCCUCGCUCCUCCAAGUCCAAAACAACCGAUACCAAAGUUAUUGUGGCAAAAUCAUUCCCGCAGGAAAUGACAACUGGGUCUCCUUGUGCUUGUCCUUCAACUACGGUCACUAACACAGCACGUUUAUCUAAUAUUAGUCCUAUUAACACGAUACCAGUUUCCUCAUCUGAUGAAAUGUCUUCCAUGACAAAGCCUACACCUAGACAUCGCACAGUCUCAUCCCCAGUAGAGUCUAAGACUCGUGAACAAACUGUAAACAAAUCUCCCAAAUCUCAGCCAUCUCCUAGUCACCAAGUAAUUCCUGAACAUCCCUCCGAAAAAUGUUCUCCCCUCUCCUCACAAUCACCUGAGGUAGUCUCCCUUAAUUCACCUGGAGACAGUCCAAUACCCCCAGUAAGAAAGAUGCAUAGCAAACCUAAUGAUACCUGUAAGACACAAGUCAUAGGCAUUGAGGUACGACCAGAGAGGGCAGCUACAGAGGGCGCUCUUUAUGAAAGGCGAGCUCGGAUCCACAAUUACAGAUCGGAGGAAGAAGAACAAGCAAAGGUCAAAGGGGAUGCCAGUGUGUCACAGCUGAGACAGAUCUUUGGCCAAGGUAAUCCAUGACAUCAAGGAGGUUAUCACCAUGGCAACAGAUGCUUAUUAGUCACCAGGUCGUUUGCCGGGUAUUCCAUGACACACAGGAGGUCAUCACCAUGGAUACGGAUGUCGAUUAGUCACCAGGUAAUUUUUUUUGUAUAUGCAUUUGUGAGACAUGUUUUCUCUGAGUCUAUUUUGUAUAACAUUCAGUACUAAUGAAAAUGAUUAUUGGCUCAAUAUUUAAACAAUAACUGUUAAUGUUUCAGAGAAAAGAAAUGACAUUCAUUAUUUUGUAAAUAUGUCAUUAAAAAAGUGGGUGAGAAUGUUAUUGUACUUGAUUGUAAGAGAUGUACUUGAUUAUAAGAGAUGUAAUUUGAUAAUAUGGCAUUAUCCAUUUGAUUAUUUUAGUAGGUUAUGUGACUUUUUAUGUACAUCAACAUUUGAUAAGUGAAGCACCUAUGCAAGCUUGUCAUAAAUACCAUUGACCAACACAUUGGAAGUCCUGAAAUUAUUGUUUGUGUUGACCGCAUAUUUUGAAAGUACAAUGUGACUUCCAUGUAACUGAAUUCCAUUGCCAAAUCUAAUUGCAAAUUAACCUUGAUGACAACUAGUCAUUACUUUGAAAUUAGUUGUUCACUUAACUGUAUCGACCAAUUUUUGUUUUGCUUUUGGAAAUGAAGUUACUUGAAGAAACAAAAUGUUGUACCCACGCUUUACUGUUUAUAUUUUUUAUUAAAUAAAUAAAGAAAUGUAUUGUUUUUUGCUGAUAUCUACAAGUAGAUAUUUUAAGUGUACAAGUUCUGUUAUACAUGUAGUUAUACUGUAAGUAAGUUUUGCAAAUAGGCAAAUUUCCAAUUUAUUAACAUAGUAUGUAUUCAUCCUUCUGUGGUCAAAUGUAUUCACAAAUAUACUAUAUCUUUACUGCCCUCAAUCAGCUAGAGCUGUGCCAAAUAUACCAAAUAUUUGAUUAUCAAACAAUUAUCCAAAUAACAUUUUCUUAAUUCAGAUAUUCAAAACAUGUGAGAGGUUGAGGAGAUGAUGCAAAGUCCAUAAUGCUCUUAUGAUUGCAUGAGUUGCGUAGUUUGAUUUUUGUUUUCAAUGAAGCACUUUUGUCCAAAUCCACUUUUGCAUAUGAUUUGGGAGCUCUAAGGAGAAGUCUAGCUCUAAUUUCUUUACAACUGAUAAAAUAUCAGCUGUUCUGCUUCUGCUUCUUGGUCAUGUUUGUAUUACAUGUACUUUAAGAGAUCUUUAUUAAUUUGACAACUGCAAGAGCAAGCAAAUUCCAAAUUAGAAUAUUCAAAUGCUAAAUUAUUCCUAAAUGCACAGCCCUAAAAUCUGCCCAAGGUAGGUAUGUACUGUGUAUAACUAAAAGUGUUAUCUAUAUGAUUUGAGUACUUAAAUCGUGAGAUGUUAAAUGGAAAAAAAAAUUUUUUUGUAUAUUUUAUUCAAUAUUCAUGCAAUUUUGAUAUUGAAAAUAUUUUAAUUGACUGUUUUUGAGUGGGCACCUGUAUUAAGUAACACAUAGUAACAGACACAAAUUUCAUGACGUCACUGUGACUGGGUCUUAGUUGUUACAUCCAAUUGAAUGUCAGCGUAGUGAAUAGUAACACACAUGUAUGCAUUAAGAGCGCAGACGUGGGCUAAGCCUAAAUGCAACUCCAAAUGCGAUGCCAGAAAAUUUGGUCCAUAGACAUGACUGCCAAACCGAGAGAGAUGUUUGGGAGGGGGAUGGGCACUGUUGAAUAUAACAAACAUUUCCACACUUAUAUGUAAUACAUGUUUGUUUGCAAGGUUGUACUCGCUUUGUAAUCACAAAACCUUCGGAUUCUGACAGCUUGUUUGUAUAUUUUUGUUGACUUCGGUGAAAGUUAUUGUGAAUACUGUUAUAUUUAAAGAGACUGAUGUACAAAAGUAUUACCAUAUUUACAUUCAUUAAUAUGUAGUUUAAAGGAAUAUAUUAUUUAAUUAUGAUUUUUUGAGUAAGCAGUAUUGUAGGAAGUAGUCAUAAUAUUGAAAUCAAUAGGGUCCUAUAACAUUAUAUACUGACAAUCGUACUUAAAGAUAAUUCCCUCUGCUAUUUUGAGUUUCAUCCUGUAAAAUGAUUUCUUUUCUAAACAGCGGUUUUUCUACGACAUCAGCAAAAAGGUCGGAUCACACUUAGUUAUUGAAUUAUUAGUUAAAAUAUUUCAAACUUCGUAUCCUGACAAUAAUUAUGUGUUCACCCGGAUCACCCCAAAUCAGUAACAAUGAUAUAUGGACCAGGAGUCUGCACGGCAGAUUUUUUUUGUGCAAAUAUACAAACCUUUUUCAGAGGAUGUCUAACACCCAAAAAUGUGGGAUUUUUUUGGUGAAUAUAACAUUACAAGUUGAAUAUUUAUUAGAGAAAAAAAUUACUGAAAAGUAAUGGAAACGCACCGUUAAACCUCAUCAUAAAGUGUCAUUAUUAUAUUGAUACUUUUUAUAUUUU